AUGGUCGGCGUUCCGCGUAGCAAGGCCUGUCUUCUGUGUCGAGAGCGACGAACCCGCCCACAAUGCUUGCAAUGUAGCAAAUAUGGCGUGUCUUGCCCUGGAUACAUGCGUCCCAUGCAGUUCCACGAUGAGGGCCCGCGCAUCCAGCAAUCCUAUCAAAAGAAGCGGCCAGUUCCCCGUGGUGGGAAGAAGACCCAAGCUGCCGACAACAAGAGCGACGCCCAGGAACGUCGUGUAGCCAGAGUCUUUAAAGCGUCAAUGGACGAGCGUGUUCAUCCAGCGAUGAUCCAUCAGUCUUUCAUUAACCAGCAGCCGCAGGUGUUCAAGGACUCCAUCUGCGCUGCCUUCCCCACCAUGUUCUUCCACAAUCAAUUCCGCUUUGGCCACGGCUUCACCUUCCCAGACUGGGUGGUGAAGCAUUUUGGCUCGAAGCUGUAUUUCGAUGCCUGUGUUUCGUGCAUCUCCGCUGAAUAUCUGGCCCAUCUUACCGGGGACGCCAGAAUCCGCCAGUUCAGCCGGCAGAAGUAUGCACGCGCAUUAGGCGAGGUCAGGAAGGCCUUGGACUCGGACGAGGCGUCGUCGGAUAGUCUACUGCUUGCGGUCAUUCUGCUUGCCUUCUUUGAAAUGAACACACAAACGACGCGAGAGGCCUGGAUCUACCAUUCGCGAGCGAUCAGACGACUGAUGAUGAACCGUCCGAUGGAAUUCUAUCUGUUGGGAGUUGGGCGCAUCUGUCACUUUGCAUACAGACCGUUUCUUGUGGCCAUGGCUCUUUAUGAAGGCGAGGAAUGCUUCCUGAGUGAAGACUAUUGGCAGACGAUCGCAAGCGUACUCCGAGCCCAAGACUCGCAGAAGAAGAGCGAGUGGGCGAUAUACAUCACUGUGUAUGAGACGAUCUUCAUGGAACUUGUUAAAUGUCCAGGGUACAUCAAACAGGCCCGCGAUAUUACGUCUCUGACACAAGGCGAGACCGGACUACUGGCACAACGAGUUUGGGAGAGUUGCGAGCGGCUGCGCGUAUUGAGCAACCAGCUACGAACCCUGCUUGCGGCCUAUAACCAACGGAAGGACGGGAUUAUAUUCCACUGCUUUGUCGGGCCAGAGCCAAGUGCUUUCCCGGAAACAAGUCCAUCGCUUCUGCUCAAUGCUGCGGACAAUGCGACGGACAUACUGCAGCAACUCUUCGCCUGGUUAUCUACACAAACCAAGGAACCAUCGCCUUCCUCUCACCCUGGAUCGCCAUCAUACCUGCCUACUCCAGAAAGUGCCAACAGUCCAGAGUCUGCCUGCGCGCCCUUGAAAUUCCCUUUCAGCUACGAGCUAGGCGGGCGUGCAGAGGGGGAGGACCCUCCGUCAUUUACGUGGCUGGACCGAAUCGCAGGCUCAAUGGGGCUCCUAGGAGCUCAGAUCACCUAUGAACGACCAGUAGGGUCGGUGUGA